GGAUUGUUUUGUUUGGCCGUCACAGAGGGUUCCGACUUCCGACUUUCACUCCUCACUUGCGAAAACCAGAGAUUUUGAAGAAAUGGCGUGGAGGCAAACGCAAUUGCUGAACCGAAACAUAUUCUCAUCAUUUCCUUCCAAUUCGAAUGUUUUCUUUGCAAGAUAUUCUUCCAAAUCAAAUCUCUACCCUCUGAAGGUUGGUAUACCUGAGUUCUUGAAUGGAAUAGGGAACGGAGUAGAGACUUAUGCAGAAAAGCUCGAAUCUGAAUUUGGCGAUUUACAGAAUCUCCUUGUUGCUCGUGGUUUGAAGCUGAAGAAACUCAAUGUUGGAGGCGAUCCAAAAGUUUGCAAACAUAGGAAGCUGAUAUUGAAGUAUGCCCAUAAGUAUAGGCUGGGACUUUGGAGGCCUCGGAUCGAACCUCCGAAAACGAAAUAAAUGAAAAAAGCUCCAUUAGAGACUACUACUUGAGACUCCAACCUAGCAAUCUUAGUUUGUUUUCUUUACCUCCUCCAUUGAGGGAAUUUAUAAAGGAGGUUUUGCAAUUUCCAACCAUUCUGUGAUCUACAUGAAUCAAUUUUGCUGCAUUUGAUCUUCCACAGGUUUUCAACAUAUCGAAACACUGUCUAAUAGUGUGAAUUGUGUUUGAAUCAGAACUGAAAAAUAGAAGGUAACGGAUGUAAACCGGUUUGGUUUCGGUUAAAA